AAUUUAUAAUAUUGUAUCCAGUAAUUAAGCUAAUCAGCGGUGUUUACAUGUAGUUUACAGUUUUCCAGGAGGUCCUUGAAGGCAGCAGCAGCAGCAGCAUUGUGGUCUGUUAGCGGCAGCAGAAACUUGGAGGCUCGGUCAUAAGGAAAGUGAAAGCAGCACGGGGCCUGACCUCCGAGCUGCAGAGAUGGUCUGCCCGUCAUGGCUGCUCUCAUAUGGAUGCUCACCUGGCUGUCUCAGGUGCUUCCAGCAAUGACUGAACUCCCGCCGCCUGUCAACCUGAACCUGACCUCCGAUCAUUUGAUUGACAUGUUGAGAUGGGGGCGAGGAGCAGGGACCCCCCCAGGAGUCUCCUACAGCGUCAGCGUGAUCCUAGAUACGGACACUUCCUGGAUUCCUGUUCCUGGAUGCCAGACUGUUCAGGACCCCCUGGUCUGCAACCUGACGGAGGUCUUCUCCGACCCCUCAAAGCUGUACUUCACCUCGGUCAGAGCCCAGCUGGACACCUUGACCUCUCCAACAGUCUACUACAGCUUUGGAUUCCAGCCAAACAGAGACACUUUUUUGGCCCCUCCCCUACUCUCCAUCGCCCCCUGUGGUGGAAAACUGUGUGUGCACCUGAAGCCCCCUCUGCAGCAUCUGAGACACAUCUACGAACAACGGACAUACCGACUGCGAGUGAGCCACAGAGACGACACGCUGCAGUUCUUUAAGGAUUCUGUGUCUCUGGGGGACCUGGUUCUGGAGGAUGUGUCUCCUGGCAGAAAGUAUUGUGUGUCUGUGUGUGUGUUGGAGCUAACAAAUUCAGACUACGGCAGGCAGGUGUGUGUCUUUACUCCGAGCUUCUUCAAUGCAGAUGUGUGGGUCUCUGCCUUCGUGUGUGUGUGUGUGCUCUGUGCUGUGUUCACUGUUGCUCUGCUCGUCUAUGCUGGGUUCAUCUGUCUGAAGAGGAGGCCCCUCCCCUCAGUUCUGACGUCUAUCCACCACAUAGAGGAGGUGCUGGUCCUCGCUGCUCCCUGCACCUCCUCAUUCGCUCCUCUCUACAAUGUUGAGACAACAGCACCCCCUGCAGGAGACAAGAGGAGCCACACAUCUUUGUCUUCUGAACACAGUGAGAGUGAGGAUGAGAGCCCGGGAGGAGGAGUUUAUCUAACAAAGAGGACUAAGCUCCUCUCCUCCUCCUCUUCAUUAUCAUCAUCUGUGUCAGCUCCUUCAUCACAUCCCUUCACCUCUCACUCCUUCACUCCUCCUGAGGCUCCCCAGUCAGCAGAGACAGCGCCUCCUGCAGGGGGACAACACACUGCAGACCAGACUCCUCCUGUACACACACUCAGUCAACCUGCAGGAGGAGGGGAGGAGGAGGGAGACGGCCUCAAUGUGAACCUCCUCACUCUGACCUUCAUACAUCAGGAGGAGGAGCAGGAGGAGGAGGAGGAGGAGUCUUUCUUUAACAUCACUUCCUCCCUGCCCUCACAUGAUGUCACUGCAGAAACUGUUUCCUGUCCUGAUGAGGAGGAGGAGGAGGAGGAGGAGCUUGGUGGAUAUCUUAGACAUUGACGUCUCCUGUAGGAGGUGUCCUGCCCCUUUAUUGCCCUGCUUAAAGGUCCCUCAGUUUAAUCUUCCUGCUUAAAGGUCAAAGGUCGCUCAGGUGGGUUCAGUCCACAGCAGAACAGAUUCUUUUUUAUUUUUUUAUUUUAUUUAUUAGCACACAUAUAAGAAUACAUCAAAAUAGGAUUAACAAAAACAUAAAAGGUGUGUCAGGAGAUGUCAAGAAGCCAACAGGCUUAUACAAGGGACCUCACCUCUUAAGAGACAAAUAAAUCAACUAAGCAAAUCAAAUUACACAAUUUCAAACACAUAUACAGAAACCUAUACACGUAUUCACACACACACACACACACACACACACACACACACACACACACACACACACACACACACACACACACACUUAGAAAAAUACAUACAAUAGAAAGACUGAGAAUGUUAACCCUCUAUCAGCUAAAUGAAACAGGCAUUCAUCUAUUAAAAAUGGAGUGAAUGAGUGAGUUGAUGGAAAAAAAAGAAAAUAAAUAUAUUUUAUAUAUGCAAACGUUUGACCUCGUGGAUUAAAUGUGAAGACAGUUUCCUUUUAAAAAUCUCUGUAGACGAAGAGUCGUUAACGUGUCCCCCACGAUAUCUGAUGGAAAACUGACCGUGUUUGGUUUUAUAAAAAGGAAGAUGAAGAUGAUCAAUCUGUCUGGUAGAAUAUGAAUGAAUCUGGGAAUUCAGUUUAAAAAAAUGCUGAAAUGAUGAUGGUAAAGAAAAAGGUAUGAACAUAUAUUUCUAUAUAAACACACAUAUCUGAUUACACGUGUUAACAUUUAAAUGUGACAUUGAUAAACAGGGUCCAUGUAAUCUGUCCAUCAUGUGACGUGUCAUCAGUUUAAUUAGCAUGUUAAAUGUGCUUUUAUUUUGACAUUUCAACAGGAAGUCAGUCUGACAUUACUGCAUGUAAACUGUAUCAUCACAUUUUUAUAAACAAUAAAUCACUGAUCACUAUCA